AUCACGUGUGUCAGUUGAAAUUUGUCAUCCAAUGAUUUUUUUCCCAAAAAAGAACAUCUGCGAUAAUUUGAACUAUUGAUUUUUGUUUACUUAACAAAAAACGCACGUCCAGAACAAUUACUUAAUUCUUCGAGAGAAAAAUUUGUUUAAAACCAACAUGGAAAACCAAAUAUUCUGCUUCUAAUUUUGCCCUCCAUGUGGUUAAAAAUAAUACCAGCCAUUUUAUUUUACAUUUGCUUCUUCUAUUUUAGUUUCAAAAAUAGUGAAAAAUAGUUUUUAGAAGCAAAAAUAGUGAAAAAUGCCGAAACUUGCGAAAAUUUUUACGAUAAUUUUCUUUUUCGGUUAUUUCAACUUCGGCUCAUUUGCGCAUUAUUCAGUGGAUGACCUGGGUCUGAACAAAGACAGUUUUCAGCUGAUCAGGUCAAUUGAGGACCCUGUACCUGAAGACGGCUAUGCGAUUGGAGAUCAGAUCUACUACCAGCUGACUCUGGAGCCGGCUGUGCCAGUGUUGGACGUGGUGACUAUCCAGCUGAGUAGCUUCAUCAACGGCUACAGCACUCUGGUGUUCUGUGGAGACCCAGAGAUAUACAGUGUCGUUCCAGUGGUCUCCUGGGAAUUGUUCAGUCUAGAUGAGAUCGAACCAUAUACAGACACUAUGAACAUUGAGCUGGGCCAAGUGAACUGGCAGCCGGGGAAAAUGUUCCAGAUGCAAGUGCGCAUGUCGGUGGCCAAACACGAUCUAUUCACAGCUGGCUGCUGCUACUACUUCGGCGCUUCUGUCCGCUUCAACGAGGGGGAAGAAUUAUGGGUCUCACAAGUCGGCGUGCCUCUCAAGUUCCUCCCAUUGAACGAGAACGAGUUCCUGUUUGAGAUCAGCGACAUUCCCCUGGCCUUCCCCAGAGUGAAUGGGGGCAGUGGGAGCCAGCAGCUGACCAUCGUAUUCCCCUACUCCUCCAUCUCCCUAUUCAGAGUGCAUGCCAGAGUGAAGCCCCUCUGGCAGGACAAACUCUGCAUGUGCAACAUCGACAGACACUAUGAACAUUGA